AUGAGCGCCGUCGAGAAAGUCUUUGGUCCGCCGCCACCGGGCAUCAAUCUGGCCGAUGAUCGCCUGCCUCGGAAUAAUGCCGUGGUGAUUGCUAUGUUCAUCUUGUCUAUUGUCACGGUGAUUCUCCGGUUCGUGGCGCGACUCCGUAUCCAGAAGGCCAGGGUCGAGGCUGAUGACUGGACAAUUACGGCUGCGCUGAUACCAGUCAUUGCACUAUUUGUGUCGACAAUCACGGGCGGGUAUUAUGGCUUGGGCAAGCAUGUGUGGGCCGCAACGAUGGCCGAUGUUGUGGGCAUGGAGAAGAUUCUGUUCAUCUAUGGAUUAAUCUACUUGUUUUGCCUGCCCGUGAUCAAAGUCUCGAUCAUCCUCUUCUACCGGCGAGUAUUCGGCAUGAACUGGCAGAUGUGGGUGUGUCUCUUCCUCUCCGUUGGCUGGGGAAUAGGCUGCAUCAUUGCGUUUUUGGUGGCAUGCCAACCACUAUCCUACUUCUGGACGCAAUACACCGACCCGCAGAGCGGGAAAUGCGUCUACAAUUUAUAUGGGUUCUAUAUCGGGAACGCCGCCGUCAACGUGUUCACGGAUUUCCUGAUCCUCCUGGUCCCGAUCCCGAUCGUCUGGAGGCUGCAAAUGCGCAAUGCGCAAAAGAUGCUGGUGUGUGGUAUCUUCUUCCUGGGCGGGUUUGUCUGUGUCGCCAGUAUCAUCCGUAUCUACUUUAUGACCUUCCUCGCCCGCUCGCCCGACAUCACCUGGAUCAUGGGCGACGUGUACCUGUGGUCCGAGAUCGAGGUGUGCGUCGCCGUUGUCUGCGCCUGUCUGCCGACCCUGCAACCCCUGCUGCGGGUUACGCUAACAACCCUGAUCGGAUCUUCGCGCGCCCGCGGCUUCGGGAGCUCGUCGCGCCGCUUCGGUCGUCAUGGACACAGUCGCAGCAAGGAUGGUAACGGGCCCUUCCAGCAGCUGUCGGCUGAAGAACGCCGUGCUGCCAGUCGGGGUGCUCGCUUGCGGACGGAUGAUGACGACGAGGCGGAGCUGACGGCUGGCGGGGCGCGCGUUGAGAUGGAUUCGUUGCGCAGAGGCGAGAGUGAUCUGGAGGAGCAUGAUCCUGGGAAUGUGCCUAUCCAGGUGAAGGGGGAUGUCCAGGUCCAAGAGCAGCGCGUUAAAUAA